AUGGCUUCAAUCCUCGUGGUGGUUAUAUUUUGCACUUGUCUCUAUUGUUUAUGGUGUUGGAGAUGGAGGAAGAGAAAUGCUGUUAGAAAAGCUUUGGUGGCUAGGGCCCAAGCUCUACCGAGCUCAGACUUGCCGUUUAUGGAGCUCUGCACCAUCCAAGAAGCUACAGAUAACUUCUCUGAAGAAAAUAAACUCGGAGAGGGUGGAUUUGGCCCUGUUUACAGAGGAGUGCUCACGGGAGGGAAGGAAAUAGCGGUCAAGAGGCUAUCGGCGAAAUCCAAGCAAGGGACCGUAGAAUUCAAGAACGAAGUCGAGCUCAUCGCGAAGCUUCAGCACAGAAAUCUAGUGCGAAUGCUAGGAUGCUGCGCGCACGAGAAGGAGAAGCUGCUCGUCUAUGAGUAUUUGCCCAACAAGAGCCUAGACGCGUUUCUCUUCGAUUCGAGGAAGAAAUGCGAGCUGGAUUGGAGGAGGAGGCAUCAGAUUAUCGUAGGGAUUGCUCGAGGACUCGUGUACCUUCACGAGGAUUCUCAGCUCAAAGUAGUUCAUAGGGAUCUCAAAGCGAGCAAUGUUCUGCUUGAUAAUGAGAUGAAUCCGAAGAUAUCGGAUUUUGGGAUGGCGAAGAUUUUCGAGGGGGAGGAGAGCGAGGUGGAGAUUGGCAGAGUUGUCGGAACUUUUGGAUAUAUGGCUCCUGAAUAUGCAAUGGAAGGUGUUUUCUCCGUAAAGUCUGAUGUAUUCAGCUUCGGAGUUCUUCUACUAGAGAUUCUGAGCGGUCAACGGAACGGGGCAGCCUAUCUUCAAGAGCAAGGCCAAACUCUCCUUAUACACGCAUGGAAACUGUGGAACGAAAGAGGAGCGAUGCAUUUCAUGGAUCGCACGCUGGAGGACUCCUACUUGAUGGAGGAAGCUUGGAGAUGUUUUCACGUAGGUUUGUUGUGCGUUCAAGAUAAUCCAGAGGACAGGCCUACGAUGUCUUCGGUCAUUAUGAUGCUGCGAAGCGAGCAAGUGAUGCUCUCUCCUCCGACCACGCCCCCAUCUUUCGGUAGAGGACGGCCCUUUGAAUUGGAGGGGUCUUCAUCGGGCACAAAUUGUUCGGAGAAGGUUCAUUCUGUGAAUGAGGUUACGCUCACUCGCAUUGAGCCGAGGUAGCACGCAUGUUGGUAUGGAAAUAUGUCCUUGAUUCCUCUCUCCCAAAGUUUAAUUUUUUGUGGUUUUUGAGGUACCUAGCUGCCUUGUUUUCACAUUUCGGAAUGGUUUUUCUUUGGGCUGCGAGUGUUUUUCAGGCAAAUUAUAUUUCCCUAGCUAUAUAUUUUGUUGUGCUUGCCUUUUUUUUACCCCCCUUCUCUAUUCCAUGAAUGUGAAGAGAAUCGUUGAAAGGCGUGUAAGUUUGUGAUGGAGAAAGUUUUCGUUUCAAUAAAGAGAGCUUUGAGGUCAUGUUUGUCAAAAGUUUAG